AUGGCGCCAACUGUUGAAAUAUCCAUUCCAAAUACCACCAUCUCACCGUCCUCUCCGCCCUAUACUGUCUAUCACAUCUCCCUCCGCCUCCCGCUCCGCUCCUUCACCGUCCCCAAGCGCUACUCGGACUUCACAACCUUCCACAACAAUCUCAUCUCCCAAACAAACGCCCCACCACCAGCCCCCCUACCUUCAAAAACAUGGUUCUCAAACACUGUCUCGAAUGAGCGCUUGCGCGAAGACCGCCGCUGCGGCUUAGAACAGUACCUCCGCGCAAUCAACGAAUCCGAUGAUGGCCGCUGGCGGAACUCGCCCGCGUGGCGUGCAUUCUUGAACCUCCCGACGGCAGUCGCCUCAACAAGCAACGGAUCAACAAAUACAUCUACGCGACUCCAUGCAGCCAUCACAGACCCAGACGCUACAAACUCACCCAUCAUGGACCCAACACUCUGGCUUGACUACUACCGCGACAUGAAAGGCCACCUCCACGAUGCACGACUACAGCUGUCUCGCAGAGAUCAAGAGACCGCACCGCAGAAGCAGCACGAAAGCUCAGCACAAGCGAAGAGCUGCCUUGUCCGCGCGGGCACCAUGAUCACCGCACUGGACGAAGGUCUCAAGAACAUAGCAAGCGGAGACAAGACAUCGUCGACACUAGGCGGCGGCGAGAUCCGUCGACGGAAGGAUCUUCUUAUCAAUGCACGCAAGGAGAAAGACGGCCUGGAGGACCUACUACAUGCUAUGGCGACGAAGAGCAGGCUUGACCGCGCCGUGGCAUCUAUUCAAGACAAGGAAGCUUUAAUGAGCACCGGAAAUUCGGGCGGGGAUUCGGCCACUGGUGGGCGUAGGACGCCAGCUCGGACGGGCAGAGUUCUUGGGAAAGAGACGGAGCGGACUCGUGAACUUGACAAUGAGGGCGUGCUUCAACUUCAGCGGCAGAUGAUGCAGAGCCAGGAUGCUAAUGUCGACGAAUUGAUGAAGAUCAUUAUUCGACAGAGGGAGCUGGGUACUCAGAUUAACGAGGAGCUUGAGGUGCAGAAUGAGCUGCUGAAGUUGGCGGAUGAGGAGGCUGACAUCUUGAAAUCCAAGAUCGAUGUUGGAAAGAAGAGGAUUGGAAAGAUCUCUUGA